AUGCCUCCGGUGAAUGGGGUGGAUUUAUCUGAUGCGAGUCCGGCGGAAGCCUUGAAAGUGUUCGCCUCGGCACACGACCCGAUCCUCAUCGAAGUGAAGCGUCGGCCGAGUCCCCAAUCAAAGUCGAUUCAGACAGACGAAACCUCUUCGACGACAUCGACGACAUCGGCAAGGAAUGCCUUAUGGCAGACGUUACCAUCGGAGGUGCUCCAUGGGCUCAUGCUGCAAGACGACGACGAAGAAUCCUACCACGAACCAGUAUAUCAGAACAAGGACCAGCUGCUGACUUUCGUGAAAGUACUUCGAGGCGAGAGAAGGGAUGGGAAAAAGGCGGAGGUGGUGUUGGCGAGAAAUUCGGGGAAGGAAAGCUUGGGUCUGGAGCUGACAUGGAAAAAUCCUCUGCCACAGAACGAAGAAUGGGAAGAACCCGGUUGCUAUAUCUCCGCCAUUUAUCCCGAUGGAAUCGCCUCCAAACACCCGACUCUUCGGCUUGGAGAUCAACUCCUACAGGCCAGUCCCUUGCAAAUAAGAGUAGAUGGCGAAUAUGUGAGGAGCUUGGAGCAAGCGAAGCGACUUCUGUCCGGCUCGAAGCGGCGUUUUCAUCUCUCGAUAUUAAGAUCGAAUACGGAGUUGAAGGAGACAAAUGUGGACGGGAGCUGCUCGUCCCUGGAAUGGAGACGAUCGACGAGGUCUGCGUCUACGGGGGAUGAGCCAAAGCAAUCCACAAUGGAACUCUUCGACUCUGGGACGGGAACGUCCUAUUCGAGUACGGCUUCACAGGACAGGGAAAUGGAGGAACUGGAUCGAAAACUAGCCAGCAUCCAAGAAUCUCUGGCCGCGACCAGGAACUGGGAAGAUCCGGAAUAUGCCGUUCCGUGGGAUUCCGCUCCAAAGGCUUCUCUGGCCAAAGAAUCCAAAGAUAGAUCCAUCUAUGCCUAUGCCAGUCCCUGUGAUUCCAGGCGUGGAAUGGGGACGUCGAGCGACUAUGCGUGUACCAAUUCUUGCCCUUCAAGACGUGGAACGGGCACGGGAACGUUGGACGUUCCGCUGCGGCCGAAGUCCUUCGAAGACGAUUUCAAUGGUACCUACACAAAAUUGAAUCCGAUGGAACGCUUCAAGGACUGGACUCGAAGGUCCUUGAAGACCUCCGCCCUUCCCAGUGCCCUCAAGAAAUCCAACAGUGAAAAGAAAGGCGUGAAACAAAAGUUGACAUUCAAAUUGGAAGACGUCGGAGACGAAACGAGGGGAAGUGUGCUAGUCCCGUCGGACAAGGACACGGACAAGGGUCAUCCUCUUCCUGGCGUCCAUCCCGAGUACGAACGGAUAAAGACGACCAGAAGCAGAUCUCUCUCUGUGGAUCGAAGGACAUCGGAUUGGAAAGUGAAGAUUCGACCUGAUGGCACUCGUUACAUCACCAGGAGAAAAUUGAAUCAUCAAAUCCUUGAAAGACAUCACGACGUUCAUGUCAAAACCCCACAUCAACAUCCCGAGGUAUGGGUUGGAGACGUUGCGGGCGUUACAUAA